AUGAGUCGGGAUAUAUCCGAAUGCCGCGCACACUAUGUAAUGGAUAUGGCGGUUUUCGAAAAACGAUCAAUCAGCCUGUACAAGCGCAAUAUCCAGACGAAAGGAGAAGAAAUUUCCAAUGAUCCUAUCGACGAGAAGUUCCCCGAGGGGGGACUUCGGGCCUGGCUGGUAGUACUCGGAGCAUGGUGUGCGAUGAUCCCAGGGAUGGGUCUUUUGAAUACAAUAGGGGUGCUGCAUGCAUGGACAGCCGAGCACCAGCUCGCGGGAUACUCUGCCUCGAAUAUUGGGUGGAUCUUUGGCGCGUACAGUUUCUUUUUGAACUUUGGCAGUGCGCAGGUUGGCCCCAUCUUUGACAGCCGUGGCGUGCUUCCAGUUGUCCUGCCAGGGUCUAUUGGCAUUGUGUUGGCCAUUUUCUUCUUCAGUGAGAGUACAGAAUACUACCAAAUCUUCCUUUCCUUCAGCGUUCUUGGCGGCAUCUCCUCCUGCUGCCUCUUCACUCCAGCCAUCGCAGCAGUCGGCCACUGGUUCAACGUUCGUCGCGGUCUGGCCACGGGGAUAGCCUGCACAGCCGGCGGACUGGGCGGGGUCUUCUUCCCCUUGAUCAUUCUGUACGUCGGCCCUACGCUCGGAUUCACCUGGGCACUGCGGAUUAUCGGGAUCAUCUGCUUCGUGCUGUGCACGCUCGCCUGCCUUUUACUCCGCACCCGACUUCCGCCUAACCAUCAAGCCGGAAUGGCGAUCGACUUCAAAGCCCUCCGUGAUCCCAAGUAUGCAGCUACCACCCUCGCUAUCUGGCUGGUGGAGUUUGCCGUCUUCAUACCUUACACCUACAUCUCCUCGUACGGACUACAUGUCGGCAUGGACCCAUCUUUCUCGUACAAGCUGGGCGUUUUCCUGAAUGUCGGCGCCAUCCCCGGCCGCACGUUCCCGGGGUUCCUUGCUGAUCGCGUCGGACGAUUUAAUGUCAUGGCGUUGACGGCGCUAGUAUGUGCAAUAUCUACGCUGGCGCUGUGGUAUACUGCCGGUGAUAAUAGCGCAGCCAUCAUCGCCUAUGCGACGUUCUUCGGGUUCUGGAGUGGCGCGGCGAUUAGUUUAACCCCGGUGUGUAUCUCGCAGGUUUGUCGGACAGAAGACUAUGGGAAGCGCAACGGGACGACCUUUACGCUGGUGAGUCUGGGGACCUUGACGGGGAUCCCUAUAGCGGGUGCGAUCCAGGAGUAUAACCAGGGGGAGUACGGGGGGUUGAUUGUGUUUGGAGGGGUGUUGUAUCUGGCGGCAUUUGGGGCAUUUGUGAUUGCCAGGGGAGUUGCGGGGGGAUGGGGACUGAAAACUAAAUUUUGA